AUGAUUUUAAACGCCAAAGCAGAAUAUGGCGUUCCUGUAAAAAUUUAUACAAAAGAUGUGGAUGAGGAAAGCCUAACCCAACUGCGAAAAAUGGCACAAUUGCAAUUUAUUCAUUCACAUAUCGCAGUCAUGCCAGAUGUACAUUUGGGUAAAGGCGCAACCGUGGGAAGUGUUAUUCCCACCAAAAAUGCCAUCAUUCCUGCUGCGGUUGGCGUGGAUAUCGGUUGUGGUGGUGGUAAUCACUUUAUUGAACUGUGUAUUGAUGAAAAUGAUGAUAUCUGGGUCAUGCUGCAUUCAGGUAGCCGUGGCUUAGGUAACGUGAUUGGCACUUACUUUAUUGAACGUGCCAAGAAAGAAGCACAACAUCGUUUUGGUCACGUGCCUGAUAAAGACUUGAGCUACUUUGCAGAAGGUUCGACGAAUUUCGAUGAUUAUGUGGAAGCUGUAGAAUGGGCACAAGAAUAUGCUUUUGAAAACCGACGCGAAAUGAUGCGUUUAAUUUUAGAAGCAAUUCGCCCUUUAUUACCAAGUUUUCAAAUGACCAAAGAAGCGAUUAAUUGUCAUCAUAAUUAUGUACAGAAAGAACUUCACUUUGGUGAAGACGUAUUUGUUACACGUAAAGGUGCAAUUCGUGCAGGACUCGAUGAAUAUGGGAUUAUCCCCGGUUCAAUGGGCGCGCAAUCUUUUAUCGUUAAAGGUAAAGGUAAUCCAGAUUCUUUUUGUUCAUGCUCACAUGGUGCAGGACGUAAAAUGAGUCGUUCUAAAGCCAAGCAUUUGUUUAAUCAGCAAGAUUUGAUUGCACAAACAGUAGGCAUUGAGUGCCGCAAAGAUAAAGGUGUGGUUGAUGAGAUUCCUAGUGCCUACAAGGAUAUUCAUCAAGUUAUGGCCAAUCAAAAUGAUUUGAUUGAUGUGGUCCAUACACUGAAACAAGUAUUGUGUAUUAAAGGCUAA